AUGGAGCCCUCGGGGCUGGAGCAGGAGGGCCCGGGCCAGACCCACCCGCACCACGAGCCCAUCAGCUUCGGCAUCGACCAGAUCCUGAGCAGCCCGGAGCAGGGCAGCUGCUUGGGGCCGGCCCGCCCGGCGGGGGAGUCAGACUACGCGCUCUACGGGAGCGGCUGCAGCGGCGCGUACAACCCCGCCUGCUCACUGGGCUCCUACAGCCUCAGCCGGAGCAUGACCGUGGCCCCGGGGGGCCCCGCGGGAGGGGUGAUCCGGGUGCCGGCGCACAGACCCCUGCCCCCCGCGCCAGGGGCACCCGCCGCUCCCCCGCAGCCGGGGGUCCCCGGCCUCCCCAGCCUCCCCUUCCCCUGGAUGGAGAGCAGCAGGCGCCUCGCCAAAGACCGGCUUUCAGCUGCGCUGUCCCCGUUCGCCGUGACGCGGCGCAUCGGGCACCCCUACCAGAACCGCACCCCCCCCAAGAGGAAGAAGCCGCGCACGUCUUUCAGCCGAGUGCAGAUCUGCGAGCUGGAGAAGCGCUUCCACCGGCAGAAGUACCUGGCCUCGGCCGAGCGGGCCACCCUGGCCAAGGCCCUCAAGAUGACGGACGCCCAGGUGAAGACCUGGUUCCAGAACCGCCGCACCAAGUGGAGGAGGCAGACGGCGGAGGAGCGCGAGGCCGAGCGCCAGCAGGCCAACCGGCUGAUGUUGCACCUGCAGCAGGAGGCCUUCCAGAAGAGCCUGAGCCAGCCGCUGCCGCAGGACCCGCUCUGUAUGCACAACUCCUCCCUCUGCGCCCUGCAGAACCUGCAGCCCUGGGCCGAGGACAAGAAGGUCACGUCCGUCUCAGGGGUGGCAUCUGUGGUGUGA